GCCGCAAAAGUCGUGCGGUAAACAUGGCUUACCUCGUCAAAGCCUACGUUACCCUGGCGGUGUUGGUGGCGACCUCCGUGGCACAGCAGUGGCGAGCUGACCUCCGCCUGGGGGACCUCGCUCGCUUCACCUCGACGCUGGAGAGCAACCUCGGGAACUUGGCCGACCGCAUCGAGGAGGAGGUGCAGAACUCCCUCCCGCGGUGGAUGAGGAACCGCGGCCGCGAGGACAGCGUCGACCGCCACCACGCGAGCCCUCUGUCGGUGGACGAGGGAAUCGAGGCCAUCUCGGGGAUCAUCGGCGACGGCAUUGACGAUGGGCUGAAGGUGCACAUGGACGGAGACACGGACGGAAAGGUCGUGGGGGGGGCCCCUGAUCGAGCCUGUCCGAACCCGAAGUCGAAGCCAUCGUCCCCGCCGUGUCCCGACCCGUGAGACCCGACUACGACUUCGACGACACUUUUCUCUUCAGACCCUUUAGACCUUUCGACAGGCGCCCUGGGUUCAGCAUGUUCGACAUUUUGAACAACCGACGUCGACAGUGGUGGAAGGGGUGAGUAUUUUCG